GUAAUUAUGUCAACCGGAAGUACUUGGGAUUUUGUGUUGUUACGAUGCUAGCAGGUGAAACAUUUCUGUACAAAUUGUCCAUAUUUGCUUUCAUUGAUAGGUGCAACAACUGAACAAUCACGUAAGCAUUUAAGUUCAAAUUGAUUUAUUUCCUAGCAAUGUAAAUCGAACUGGUCCCUCCAACGACGCCGUAGUAGCACAAUGGUUAGCCCUGAUAGCGAGCUAGCUGGUUAGCUAACUUUUAGUUAGCUAGGAUUAAUGAGCCAACUAAAUAGCUAUAUUCUGCAUGCUAACAGGACCCUGUCGCUUCAAUUGUUUAGCCAUAAAGCUAUAGACAGACAAAUCUCUAGACCACCAUACAUGUGACCAUACUUUCUAAACAUCCAUAAGUGGAUGUGACUGUUUGAUUUCUAGGGGAACUAUUCAUCUGCGAUAACUUUAAUUACUGUCAGUGAAUGUUAACGCUCUUCCUCUCAGAGGCCCAGCCAUGUCUAUGUCCCAUCUGUACGGACGGCAGGGAGAGGAGGAAGAGGAGGGGGUGGAGGUGGAGAAGUUUGAGGUGACAGAAUGGGACCUGGCCAACGAGUUUAACCCGGAGCGCCGUAGACACAGACAGACCAAAGAAGAGGCCGUCUAUGGCAUCUGGGCAGAGAGGGGUGACUCCGACGAUGAGAGACCCAGCUUCGGAGGGAAGCGGUAGGAGGCUGGUUCCUGUACACUCUCAUCUGAUAACAUGCAGAUGACUGAACUACAGACACAUAUUCAGAAAGAGGGGAGGGUGGCAGAGAUGGAUCUCACAAUCUCGUGGUCUUCAUUGGGUCUGUGUCUACUCUCUUUAUACCAGGUCUAAGGACUACUCUGCCCCGGUGAAUUUUGUGAGUGCGGGGCUGCGUAAGUCUGCAGCAGAGGACAAGCAACAGCAGCAGAGUGGUGGAGGGUCAGACGACUCUGACAAUGACAACACCCCCCCUGCGCCACCCCGCGACACCGCACCGAAGAAACUGCAGACGGUACGUGUGUGUGUUUUAAGGGACCCUGAAGGAGCAUUAGGUUCAGUGACUCAAAGGUUCAACACAGAAUCACAUAUUAAUGACAGAUGGAAUUAUUAGGAUGACUGAUUUUGGUUCUCUCUCUCUCUCUCCUCUUCUGUCUGUUCUCUCCAGGGUGGUCAAUUUCCGUGGCAACAGCCAGUCCCAGAGGACUGGAUUUGCGGCUGGUAUCCGGGCUGGAGGAGACAUGGGCACUUGGGAGAAACACACAAAGGGGAUUGGCCAGAAACUCCUCCAGAAGAUGGGCUACAUACCAGGGAAAGGACUGGGGAAGAACGCACAGGGUGGGUAUGGUGGGAGAGUAGAGGGAGCGAGAAAGAGAGGAGAGUAAUGGAGGUAGAGAGAAGAUUAGGGAUAGAUAGCGCAUAGCCCUUCUGGUUUUUCUGUUUCAGGGAAAGGACUAACUUAUGCUAAAUUGUUAGGGGUAAAAUGUCCCCUGUCUGACGCCUCUCUCCUCAGGUCUGACCUCUGAACUCUCUCUCCUCAGGUAUUUUAAACCCCAUCGAGGCAAAGCUUCGUAAGGGGAAAGGGGCAGUGGGUGCCUACGGCAACGAGAGAACCAAACAGUCACUACAGGACUUCCCUGUGGUUGACUCUGAGGAGGAGGAGGAGAAGGUAACACUCUCUUUCUGUCUCUCCCCAACCACAUCAGGUGCCUCAAUUAUCAAUAAUGCAUAGAAACUAUUCUAAAAUACUACUUAUGAAUGGAAUUAAGACUGGUCAUACGCAUAGAAAAAGUGUGAUUUAUCAAACAAUCCUACAAGCAUCAUACGCACACCGGUAAGAGAUAACAUUGAUAAAUACCAAUUGUUCUCAGCCUUAGUGCUCACGCACAACCUUGGCUUUUUGCAUUUCUAAACGCCCCUAAAUAACCAAAUAUGGUCAAUCAUCCCUUUAAAGCCUGUGGGGAAUAUACAACGCUGUACCAUGAAAUACAAUGGCGCAACCAAAAAAAGCUAAUACAUUAUUACUUUUUUUGAGACUGAAAUAGAGGUGCCAGUGUCAGAGAUUGAGUACAACCAAAAGGUUUUAUUUGGCUCGCUCAGUUGAGCUUGACCAGUAAAAAUAAAAACAUAGCUACAAAGAGAGGACCAUUAGGACAAUUUAAGUUGCUUUAGCAAUGGCAAAUAUACUUCAAAUGAGUAGACAACACUCACCAAUAAGCCAUCCAUCCUCAACAGCUCCCUCCUGUAGGUGUAUAGGCCAACAUUGCUGUUCUGCAGAAUGAACGAAUCGUGCAUUCCACCUAGCCACUUUUCCACCACAUUCAGCAGCGUCUUUUGUGCAUCACAUAACUUAUCACCAGCACAUAAAGAGUGGAAGCCUUUUCUGUUCACAUAGUUGAAAUAGUUUUGGGAUGAUGAUUUUUAUGGCAAUGUGGGUGCCAUCUAUUGCUCCAUUCGUAUUUGGGAACCCAUUGAUGGCAUCAUGGCAAAGAAACCCCUCUUGACUUCAACCUGUUGUGUGAUGGUGUAUGGAAAUUGGCUCAUCUAGGGCUGUGAGAUGCCGAUCGGCAAGCUCCCGAUGAAAAAUGCCUGUUGCCAAAAAAACUGAGGGUGGUUGGACUUGGAUGUGCAUCGGAAUGACAUGUGUUUGCCUUUUUAAAGUAGGUCUUAAAUCCUCGCAAAAAUCCUAUAAGAUUGGUUUUUAGAAGUGAUAUCUGAUGAGCCAAUCUACUUUCUGUAGAAAAAGGCCCAUGUGUCUCUAAAAACGCGCUCUCUGCGAAAUGCAGCAUGUGCCAAAUCUUCAACCCACAAGAUCAGCCAUCUCUCAUUCAAUUUCAAAUGAUCUUUUAUAGUAUUUUAUAGUACUUUUAUAGUAUUUCAACAAUGGCUUCACUUUCACAGUACCUCUCAUUUAACAAAUUACUGUACUUUACCAACCCCCCCCCCCCCCCCCCCCAAAGGCAAUACUUUGUAGAGCCACCUUUUGCAGCAAUUAAAUGUUUCCCCUUAAACCACUCGUGUUGCUUUAGCAAUAUGCUUAGGGUCAUUGUCCUGCUGGAAGGUGAACCUCCGCCCCAGUCUCAAUUCUCUGGAAGACUGAAACAGGUUUCCCUCAAGAAUUUCCCUUUAUUUAGCGCCAUCCAUCAUUCCUUCAAUUCUGACCAGUUUCCCAGUCCCUGCCGAUGAAAAACAUCCCCACAGCAUGAUGCUGCCACCACCAUGCUUCACUGUGGGGAUGGUGUUCUCGGGGUGAUGAGAGGUGUUGCGUUUGCGCCAGACAUAGCGUUUUCCUUGAUGGCCAAAAAGCUCAAUUUUAGUCUCAUCUGACCAGAGUACCUUCUUCCAUAUGUUUGGGGAGUCUCCCACAUGGCUUUUGGCGAACACCAAAUGUGUUUGUUUAUUUUUUUCUUUAAGCAAUGGCUUUUUUCUGGCCACUCUUCCGUAAAGCCCAGCUCUGUGGAGUGUACGGCUUAAAAUGGUCCUAUGGACAGAUACUCCAAUCUCCACUGUGGAGCUUUGCAGCUCCUUCAGGGUUAUCUUUGGUCACUUUGUUGCCUCUCUGAUUAAUGCCCUCCUUGCCUGGUCUGUGAGUUUUGGUGGGCGGCCGGUUUGUUGUGGUGCCAUAUUAUUUCCAUUUUUUAAAUAAUGGAUUUAAUGGUGCUCUGUGGGAUGUUCAAAUUUUCUGAUAUUUUUUUAUAACCCAACCCUGAUCUGUACUUCCCCACAACUUUGUCCCUGACCUGUUUGGAGAGCUCCUUGGUCUUCAUGGUGCCGCUUGCUUGGUGGUGCCCCUUGUUUAGUGUUGUUGCAGACUCUGGGGCCUUUCAGAACAGGUAUAUACUGAGAUCAUGUGACACUUAGAUUGCACACAGGUGGACUUUAUUUAACUAAUUAUGUGACUUCUGAAGGUAAUUGGUUGCACCAGAUCUUAUUUAGGGGCUUCAUAGCAAAGGGGGUGAAUAUAUACAGUGGGGGAAAAAAGUAUUUAGUCAGCCACCAAUUGUGCAAGUUCUCCCACUUAAAAAGAUGAGAGGCCUGUAAUUUUCAUCAUAGGUACACGUCAACUAUGACAGACAAAUUGAGGGGAAAAAAUCCAGAAAAUCACAUUGUAGGAUUUUUUAAUGAAUUUAUUUGCAAAUUAUGGUGGAAAAUAAGUAUUUGGUCACCUACAAACAAGCAAGAUUUCUGGCUCUCACAGACCUGUAACUUAUUCUUUAAGAGGCUCCUCUGUCCUCCACUCGUUACCUGUAUUAAUGGCACCUGUUUGAACUUGUUAUCAGUAUAAAAGACAUCUGUCCACAACCUCAAACAGUCACACUCCAAACUCCACUAUGGCCAAGACCAAAGAGCUGUCAAAGGACACCAGAAACAAAAUUGUAGACCUGCACCAGGCUGGGAAGACUGAAUCUGCAAUAGGUAAGCAGCUUGGUUUGAAGAAAUCAACUGUGGGAGCAAUUAUUAGGAAAUGGAAGACAUACAAGACCACUGAUAAUCUCCCUCGAUCUGGGGCUCCACGCAAGAUCUCACCCCGUGGGGUCAAAAUGAUCACAAGAACGGUGAGCAAAAAUCCCAGAACCACACAGGGGGACCUAGUGAAUGACCUGCAGAGAGCUGGGACCAAAGUAACAAAGCCUACCAUCAGUAACACACUACGCCGCCAGGGACUCAAAUCCUGCAGUGCCAGACGUGUCCCCCUGCUUAAGCCAGUACAUGUCCAGGCCCGUCUGAAGUUUGCUAGAGUGCAUUUGGAUGAUCCAGAAGAGGAUUGGGAGAAUGUCAUAUGGUCAGAUGAAACCAAAAUAUAACUUUUUGGUAAAAACUCAACUCGUCGUGUUUGGAGGACAAAGAAUGCUGAGUUGCAUCCAAAGAACACCAUACCUACUGUGAAGCAUGGGGGUGGAAACAUCAUGCUUUGGGGCUGUUUUUCUGCAAAGGGACCAGGACGACUGAUCCGUGUAAAGGAAAGAAUGAAUAGGGCCAUGUAUCGUGAGAUUUUGAGUGAAAACCUCCUUCCAUCAGCAAGGGCAUUGAAGAUGAAACGUGGCUGGGUCUUUCAGCAUGACAAUGAUCCCAAACACACCGCCCGGGCAACGAAGGAGUGGCUUCGUAAGAAGCAUUUCAAGGUCCUGGAGUGGCCUAGCCAGUCUCCAGAUCUCAACCCCAUAGAAAAUCUUUGGAGGGAGUUGAAAGUCCGUGUUGCCCAGCGACAGCCCCAAAACAUCACUGCUCUAGAGGAAAUCUGCAUGGAGGAAUGGGCCAAAAUACCAGCAACAGUGUGUGAAAACCUUGUGAAGACUUACAGAAAACGUUUGACCUGUGUCAUUGCCAACAAAGGGUAUAUAACAAAGUAUUGAGAAACUUUUGUUAUUGACCAAAUACUUAUUUUCCACCAUAAUUUGCAAAUAAAUUCAUUAAAAAAUCCUACAAUGUGAUUUUCUGGAUUUUUUCCCCUCAAUUUGUCUGUCAUAGUUGACGUGUACCUAUGAUGAAAAUUACAGGCCUCUCAUCUUUUUAAGUGGGAGAACUUGCACAAUUGGUGGCUGACUAAAUACUUUUUCCCCCACUGUAUGCACGCACCACUUUUCCAUUAUUUAUUUUGUAUAAUUUUUUGAAAAGUUAUUUUUUAAAUUUCACUUCACCAAUUUGGACUAUUUUGUGUAUGUCCAUUACAUGAAAUCCAAAUAAAAAUCCAUUUAAAUUACAGGUUGUAAUGCAACAAAAUAGGAAAAACGCCAAGGGGGAUGAUUACUUUUGCAAGGCACUGUAUUCAGGCACCUUGACCUUUUCCACAUUUUGUUAGGUUACAGCCUUAUUCUAAAAUUUAUAAAUCGUUUUUUUCCUUCAUCAAUCUACACACUACCCCAUAAUGACAAAGCAAAAACAGGUUUUGAUAAAUGUUUGCUAAUUUAAAAAAAAAUAUUAAUACCAAAAAUAUCACAUUUUACAUAAGUAUUCAGACCCUUUACUCAGUACUUUGUUGAAGCACCUUUGGCAGCGAUUACAGCCUUGAGUCUUCUUGGGUAUGAUGCUACAAGUUUGGCACACCUGUAUUUGGGGAGUAUUUUGGCAAACUCCAAGCGGGCUGUCAUGUGCCUUUUACUGAGGAGUGGCUUCCGUCUGGCCACUCUACCAUAAAGGCCUGAUUGGUGGAGUGCUGCAGAGAUGGUUGUCCUUCUGGAAGGUUCUCUCAUCUCCACAGAGGAACUGUGGAGCUCUGUCAGAGUGACCAUCGGGUUCUUGGUCACCUCCCUGACCGAGGCCCUUCUCCCCCGAUUGCUUAGUUUGGCUGGGUGGCCAGCUCUAGGAAGAGUCUUGGUGGUUCCAAACUUCUUCCUUUUAAGAAUGAUGGAGGUCACGGUGUUCUUGGGGACCUUAAAUGCUGCAGAAAUGUUUUGGUACCCUUCCCCAGAUCUGUGCCUCGACACAAUCCUGUCUUGGAGCUCUACGGACAAUUCCUUCGACUUCAUGACUUGGUUUUUGCUCUGACAUGCACUGUCAACUGUGGGACCUUAUAUAGACAGGUGUGUGCCUUUCCAAAUCAUGUCCAAUCAAUUGAAUUUACCACAGUUGGGCUCCAAUCAAGUUGUAGAAACAUCUCAAGGAUCAUCAAUGGAAACAGGAUGCACCUGAGCUUAAUUCCGAGUCUUGUAGCAAAGGGUCUGAAUACUUAUAAAAGGUAUUUACGUUUUUUAUUUGUAAGAAAUUUGACAAGAAUUUCUAAAAACCUGUUUUCGCUUUGUCAUUAUGGGGUAUUGUGUGAUAAAAAAAAUAAAAAAGUAAUCCAUUUUAGAAUAAGACAAAAUGUGGAAAAAGUAAAGGGGUCUGAAUACUUUCCAAAGGUACUAUUUUCCCCAUUCUACAUUUGACAAGCGGAUCCCUUAUUCCACCACUUGGCACUGUGCGCACGCAUGGUCAUGGCUGUGCGUCAAUUUACACACACUCUCAAGCAAACGUUCAUAUUGAUAAAUCUCACACUUUGCGUGGAAAUGAUCCCACACAUGGUUUACGCACAGAUUUGUGUCUGGGUUAAUGAUGUAUACCUUACCAUACCUUCACCCCCCUUCUUUUUCUAGGAGUUCCAGAGGGAGCUAGGUCAGUGGCGUAGGGAUCCUGUGGGUGGGGGAGGGAAGAAAAAACCUAAGUAUUCCUACAGGACUGUAGAAGAGCUGAAGGCUAAUGGCAAGCUGGCUGGACGGACCACACAGACACCCGCUGGAGAACUGGCUCAGGUCAAGGUGAGGGGGAACACGCGCACAAACACGCAUAGUUGCACAUUUAAGUAUCCAGAAACAGAUUUCAACAUGUGAAUUGCUGUUCUUCUCUCUCUCUAGGUGAUAGAUAUGACAGGCAGGGAACAGAAGGUGUAUUACAGCUACAGUCAGAUGACUAACAAACUCAGUGUACCAGAGGAGGCUCCAAUGAGCGUAGCCGCACGUGAGCAGAAGACGUCUGGCUUUGCCCUGCCAGAGCUGGAACACAACCUGCAACUACUGAUCGACCUGACGGAACAAGACAUACUACAGGUGACCUCUAACCCCUGACCCUUUAACCUCUUACAAGAAACAAGAACCUUUAACCCAUUACCACACAUCUCACCCAUUACUAUAACCCUAUUUCCCGAGAGCUCAGAAACUCGUAUAAACUAACAAUAUAUUCCCAUUUGUCUGUAGUCCUCGCGGCGUCUGCAGCAUGAGCGUGACGUGGUGGUGACUCUGAGCCACGAGAGCUCCAGUCUGCAGACUAGGCUGGGGACGGAACGAGACGCCAUCCAGAGGCUGGAAGCAGUACUGCAGCUGGUGGAUCGCUUUCAGAGUGGAGAGACUGCACCUGGGGUGGGACCCAGCCUGCAGGUACAUACACACACACACAUUUGUGCUCUCUCAGGGCUUGUCAUUGUUGAAGAUGGAGAAUAACAGUGGUCCCAGUAUUGAACCUUGUGGUAUACCCUUUUCUAUGUUGUAUUUUACUCCCUCUCUCUCGCUCUCUCUAGGAGUGUGCUGGUAUCUUUGCGACCCUACAGAGUGAUUUCUUUGAGGAGUAUAAGACUCUAGGUUUGGGAGAUCUGGCUGCUGCUGUAGUACAUCCACUUAUCAGAGAGAAACUACGCACAUGGGACCCUCUCAAGGUACACACACACUCCCUUGCUCGCUCCACCUUCAGUUGUGGAAGCACCACCAAGUGCUAGAAACACUCACAUGUAUUCCUAGUUUCCUCCACUGACUCCUGCUGUUUGUGCUGUUUGUCUGUAGGAUAGUUCAUAUGGUCUGGAGGAGGUGGGUCAGUGGCGAGCCAUCCUGGAGUCUGGUCAGCUACACCACGCCAACGCCCCUGAAGCACACAUGGACCCCUACCACAGGUAAGUCAAUAGCAUGUCACACCUCAGAGGUGUGUUUGUGUGUCCCCAGCGGGCAAGUGGCUAAAAUAUCAGAAUGUCAAGCAUUGUGUGUGUGUGUCUACAGGCUGCUGUGGGAGGUGUGGAUCCCGGUGCUGCGAGUGUGUGUGUCGGGGUGGCAGCCUCGUAUGGUAGGACCCAUGGUGGACUGUGUGGAGGUCUGGGCCCCUCUGCUGCCCCUCUGGAUACUAAACUACCUCCUGGAACAACUAAUCUUCCCCAGGCUGCAGAGAGAGGUACAAUCCCACAGACAAACAUCAGCACUAUACCAGUGAUACAAAUAUGAAGACUCAUGUCAUGGUGCCAAGCUGUCUGUUGAAAAAAGGGAUACACUUUUCAGAACUGCUCAGUGUCUGUUCUUUUCUACCCAGAACCCUAAACAUCAUGAACGCACCCUUUCUAUCUCCACUAAACCAACCCCUUCUCUGUGAUAGGUGGAUAGCUGGAACCCCCUGACGGACACCGUGCCCAUCCACUCCUGGCUCCACCCCUGGCUGCCUCUGCUCCAAUCACGGCUGGAGCCUCUGUACCCACCCAUCCGCAGUAAACUGGCCAAUGCACUGCAGCGCUGGCACCCGAGUGACGGCUCUGCCCGCCUCAUCCUCCAACCAUGGAGAGACGUGUUCACGCCCGGUGCCUGGGAGGCCUUCAUGGUUAAAAACAUCAUCCCUAAACUAGGUACACACACUAACCUUGUCCCCUAGAGCCAGCUGAAUGACACCUCGCUGAUUGCCUCAGAAAGGGACACUGAGGGUGCGUCCCAAAUGGCACCUUCUUCCCUAAUAUUUUGUAUUUUAUUUAACCUUUAUUUUAACAGGGAAGAAAUUGAGACCUAGGUCUCUUUUACAAAUGCGCCCUGUAUAUACAACAUAAAUAUACACAUUAUACCCUCCAAAAAAACGAAAUAAGUGUGUGUGUGUGUUCACACACACCCCCACAUUAAAAUACAAAAUGCAAGUGCACUAGUUUUGACCAGCUCUGGUCAUAAGUAGUGCACUAUAUAAAGGGAAAAGGGUGCCAAAAUUAGGAAGCAGACAGAUAUUACUGCUUAGUAGAACAGUAGUUCCUUACUUCAUGCUCUCCCUCCCCUCCUAUAGCUCUGUGUCUGGGGGAGCUGUUAAUAAAUCCACACCAGCAGCAGAUGGAGACGUUCAAUUGGGUGUUGGACUGGGAGGGCAUGCUGUCUCCCUCAAGCCUUGUAUCACUGCUGGACAAACACUUCUUCCCUAAGUGGCUACAGGUAUGUAUGUGUGUGAGAAAGCACAUAGGUUAUACUUAACGAUAAUUGACUUACUCCUCAUUUGUGAUUACCUUUGCUGUUGUUUAGACCUAAAAUAGUAGGAUAAAUGCAGAGAUAACUGUUUUGUGUGUGUAGGUGCUGUGUUCGUGGCUCAGUAACAGUCCUAACUAUGAGGAGAUUACUAAGUGGUACCUGGGCUGGAAGUCCAUGUUCAGUGAUGCUGUUCUGGCUCAGCCACUCGUCAAGGACAAGUUCAAUGAAGCUCUGGACAUCAUGAACCGCGCUGUCUCCUCUAGCCUAGGUUAGUAUUAUACACAGCACCAGACAACAUGAACUGAGAAGUGACCUUUGAAUAGGUUAGUAUUUGGUAUUUAUUAGGAUCCCUAUUAGCCACUGCAAAAGCAUCAGCUACUCUUCCUGGAGUCCACAGUAUGAAACUCACCCUUCUUGUUCUCUUUCUGUAGGUGGGGGGUACAUGCAGCCCGGUGCCCGUGAGAACAUUGCUUACCUCACACACACAGAGCGUCGUAAGGACUUCCAGUACGAGGCUUUGCAGGAGCGCCGGGACGCUGAGAGCGUGGCGCAGCGUGGCAUCGGUGCCAGCCUGCCCACCAACUUCAAAGACCUAAUCCAGACCAAGGCUGAGGAAAACAACAUCGUCUUCAUGCCGCUGGUUGCCAAACGCCACGAGGGCAAACAGCUGUACACCUUUGGACGCAUCAUCAUCUACAUCGACAGAGGAGUGGUCUUUGUACAGGGAGAGAAGACCUGGGUCCCUACGUCCCUACAGAGUCUAAUCGAUAUGGCCAAGUGA